UAAAUUAUUGAUAGGUUUAUAGCCAGGAAACUUUAUAGCUUAGUUUGAUUGAGUUUCUAAACCCAAUUCCAAAUGGCCACAAGGGCCGCUAUUUGGCAUCAGACGUGAUGUAUACAGAGAUCACUCAUCACCUGACAACAGUCGCACGGGACACUCCCUCAUGUCUGAACGUUGGCACUGCCAUGUGUGUCGGAUUCAGGGACAUGAAAAGAGAAGGUCGAUUUAAGGAAUGGAAGUGUAUUUAGUUCGAGGUUGACGAGUGUCAACUUUACCAUUAGUGCCAUUACGUGUCAGUGAACAUUGUGAUCGUUGGAUCCAAGAUUGAAUACAGGACGUUUUAGAGAACAAAGCGACACCUAAAUGUUCAUUGUUUUAAUGAAUAUAUAUACCUAUACAUUGAAUAACGGGGAGUCAUUCAGAUUUUUUAAGAAGAAUUAAGUGAACAUUAGGAAGGUUGAUUGAAGUGAAGAUAUAAAAGGCGUCAUUGUGCGAGUUGCUUUGAGAAUCUCUGGUUUGAACAAGUGAUGCUUCACAAUGGAUGUUCGAGUCUGAAGCUGUUGUAUGUUCCUCGUCCACAUGGCGUAAAACUUGAGUUUUCCUAAUGCCGACUUGUUGCUCACCGACGAUGGUUGCAAUCUGCAACUAUUCCACCCUCAUCCUCUCCGGUAACAUCGUCGUCUUGUUGAUCGUUGCCGUUACGACAGACUACUGGCAGUAUCGAGGCUUCAACCUUGACAACAUCACCAACUAUAUGAAACCCCUUGAAGGUGUUGACGUCAACAUUCCCGAUGGCACAUCCCCAUACAAAGUAAUCACGACAAUGAUGUCCAAGCCGGAGAAGAACACGUCACUGACCAACCACGUUGCCGAACAUUACCACUCGCCCAUGUACGUCAGGGUCUUUGACAACGGAAGCGUUGACAGUAAGGGUCACGUUAAAGACGUAGUCCAAGUUUUUCUCUUCUCUCAAUACGGGAAUUUGUUCCGCGACUGCGACAAUCUGACUGAUGGUAUACGGGACCAGUUGAAGAUUAAAAGAAUCCGACCAGAGAAGUGCGUGUUGUUUAUGUCGAGCCAACCCGUCCCAACAGACGCCAGUAUACGUAUACCGGCCGCACUUAAGGUUGAGGUAGCGGCCUUUUGUACAGCAGUCUUAUCCAUCCUGUGUCUCGCCACCAGUUUGGCAGCGGGCAGUCUCGGGUCGUUGUCCAAAAGUCACAGAUACAUGACCAUCGCUUCCGGGUUGGCCCUGAUAGCAGCAAUCAUUCUCAUCACCUCAAUUGCACUAUUCAACGGUAAAACUAACUUACAGUGGAAGGGAGAAUUAUUACCGGGUUUGAAAUUCCCGCACAAGGAACUUAUAUUAGAAAACAAGAUUCAUUCCUACGGAUGGUCGUUCUUCCUCGCCUGGAUUUGCGUGGUCCUGAUGUUCACGUCGUCGUUCUCCUGGCUGUACAAGGCGCAGUAUCUGCUGUUACCGGAGGGGGACGAAUUUACACAGCUGUACCAGGUGCUCCGACAGAAAGAGGACACGAAAAGGUCUGGUGUCAGUACCCAAUAUGUUAUUGACGAGGAGGAGGAAUACGCUGCUACUCAUUUUGAAUGUACAGUGUGAAACAUACGAUUCAUUCAUAUUGAAAUGUGAAAUGUGGCUUAAGAGCUGUUUGCUAACAGACACAGACAGACAGUCAGACAGACAGACAGACGGACGGACAUAUAUAUAUUACACAAUGAUAGUGGUUAAUAAUGUUUUCGGUUUCCCCCAUAUGGGUUUUAUAUGAAACUUUCUUGAUGUGUGGUAGCGUUACACGUCGUGAGAAGCCAUAUUCAUCUAAUAAUCUUAUCAUACAUUUAUUGUCACAGAUAUAACUUUUAUAGAGCUACGUAUGUAUGGUCACGAUAGACCGAAAUGUAAUUAUUUGUGUCAGUAUUUGACAAAAGGUAUGUGUUUCAACAUAUCGGAGUGCAACAGUGAUAUUGUCAUUCUUUCAGUUCGAGCUAGCCCACUGAGGUAGGUUAUUUUGCCCAUACAUAUAUAAAAAGAUUGAGACCAAUUGUUUAAUUUUUUUAAAAACCUGAAUUACUUGGUGUGGUCACAGAUAAAUGUUUGUGAUUCAUGGUGUUUUGAACAACCACCGUGACGUAUCUACAUGCCCACUUUCGUGUCUUAGUAAACUUUAAAAGGUGAUCACGAUAUUUAUUUCUUUGACGCAAAAUGAAAACGAGGUGUACGAAUAGCUAUAAUGUCUGAUGAAUAGCUAUUUUGGUCCCAUCACAUCACAGUUUUCGAGAGAUUUAACAUGUUAAGUUUUAUAUGUCGAACUUCUAGAUGCGGGAUAUAAAAACACGGUGCUAGCCACACGUUCAAUUUUUUACUGGGGACAAUUCGUUUUUUCCUGCCUUCCUAUCAUUUGCCGAUUCGAAUUCACCUUAUAUAUUCUGACAUUUAACAUGUUCACGGUGCUAGCCAAACGUUCGUAUGUUCCUAGAGACAACUUGCUAUUUCCACCUUCCUAUCAUCAUUUGCUGAUUCGUACGUUAAAUUCUGGUUUGGUUUAUGAAUAAGGCUUCUAAGGCUGAUUUUCUAUAUACAAUGCAUAUUAUGCUAUCUAGUUAUUAACAAUAUUAAAUAUCACGUGAAUUGUAAAUUGCUAAAACGAAUCAAUGAUUACAUUUUCACAUGCUACCUUUUUGUGAAUAAAAUCUUCAAAUACAUUUGAAUGGUGUCUUGUCUUCGCGUCACAAAUGAUAUAAGCUAGCUUGAUGUAAUUACUUCCUGUACAUAAUCAAUAACAGCAAAUAGCACGCCGCGACAUCUACAUAAUUUAUUCAAACUUCUUAGAAAGACACAUUUUGCUUUCAGCUAAGCAUUUCAAUCAAUGUUUCACCACCAAAGGCCUUGUCAAGUCAUUCCACAUGUUGUGGUGGACAUUAAAAGGAAGUUCCUUAAUAUGACACUUUAAAAGAUGCGCGAUACUAUCCCAUGCAAUGUUCAUCACAAGGAUUUUUACACCGCCUUACCCACUGGCAUUUACUUUAAGGGUUCGGGAGGUCAGGCUUGGAGACUCGGCUGACAGUGCAGCGUCGUGCCCCUGCGAAGUGAAUUAUUGUCAUGAUACUGAUCACAAGAUUGUGUGGUCCACACUCGACUGUUUACAGCCCACCGUCGUAUGGCAGGUGUAUUUCAGGGUUCGGCGUUAUGUCAGAAAAAAACAACCGUAUUUUUACUACAAACUGUGUACAGUGGCGGGUGCUCGUGGUAGAGCAUGACACGCGUACCAUCGUGAACACCUGGUCUAAUCUGUGAUUUUCAGUGAUCAAUUGUUAUUAUUUUCAUCAGUAUUUGGCCUUUUACGGCCUGUGGAAUCUGUUUCGGCAGAUAUUCGAGACGGUUAAUAAUCUGGAGUUGUUUUGAAUAACUGAAAUACUGCUCAAUGCAAGAAUGUUCAAUCAAAAAAUAACAAAAGACAUUAUUCCUCAAAACAAUUUAAUAAAUGGUACGUAAAAGAACUACCUGAAAACGAGACAUUAUAUCAGGGUUUGAUCUAAAUAUGACACAAGAUGAGAAAAUUGUAAACCUUAUUUUAGACGUGCGAGGUUUAACGAGAGACUAAUGAGCUGUUGUCCGUAUUCAUUAAUGGCGUGACAGUAUCAGGCUACAAGUCUACCGACACGUUUCCGCCGUCUCCACCAAUAUCAGCGGUAAUUAAUAGCUUAUGUAAAUAUGAUAAUGAUAAUGUUCACAUCACGUUUCAAUUACCGGCGUUUACAGCUAUGAUCAAAUAGUAUGAUGUCGUUCCCCUUAAGUGGGACCUUGUCUCAGAUGUGUAAUCAACUUUUACACGAAGGCCUAUGUUAUAUACAAGACGUGCAUAUAUGUACAUUGUACACGUGUUUCGAAUAUAGACUCAUAAGGACACUUAACCCUAGUUAAGAAACGAACAUUAUAUAUUGAGUACAUGUUUUGACACAUUACAGGAGCACUUAUUAACGCGCGUUAGUGUCAUUGGUGUGCAAAAUGGGAAAUUGAAAUAUGACAAUAUCACAUAACGAUGCAAAAACAUGCAGAAAACUAUGUACACAAACACUCAACAUUAUCAGAAACAACAUAAAGAGUUUGACAAUCCAAACCAUUUUGACCAAUUUGUUUGAGAACAGUUUGAACACUGUCUCUAUCCACGUCAGCGUGUAGUAAAUGACAUUUCACUGUAAUUCAUUCGUAGACGAUAGAUGAUCUCACCAGUCUCCAAACAAAAAC